CAGAGACCGACGUCAGCACUGCAGAGGUGGAAGUAUGAACACGACUUGAGGGACCAUGUCAAAGUCGUGGCAGUCGACGCUGAGACUGCCAAAGGCUUCGAUACCACCUCGGCCGGUACCACAGCUGCAAGAGCAAUACCUGCGGAGAUGCACCGACGCCCUCUAUGAGUGGCAGGCCGCGAACCGACCUGCCGACAAGCAGUUCAUCCUCCACGACGGCCCCCCCUAUGCCAAUGGCGCGCUCCACGUCGGACACGCCCUGAACAAGAUCCUCAAGGACACGAUCCUCCGGGUCAAGGUGCAACAGGGCCACAGGGUCAAGUACGUCCCCGGCUGGGACUGCCAUGGCCUGCCCAUCGAGCUCAAGGCCCUCGAGGCCCUGGGCGUCAGGGAGAUGGCCCCCGUCGACGUGCGCAGCGCCGCCAGGGAGCUCGCCACCAACACGGUCCUCUCGCAGAUGCGCGAGUUCCGCUCCUACGCUGUCAUGGCCGACUGGGACCGGCGCUGGACGACCAUGGACCCGGCCUUCGAGAUCCGCCAGCUCGAGCUGUUCCUCGGCAUGGUCCGCGGCGGCCUGAUCUACAGGAGGUACAAGCCCGUGUACUGGUCGCCAUCCUCGGGCACCGCCCUCGCCGAGGCCGAGCUCGAGUACAAGGAGAACCACACCUCGAGUGCUGCCUACGUGACGUUCCCGGUCGCUGCCUCGGCUGAUAGCGGCGCUGCACUCGGCCAGAUCCUCGGUGAAGGCUUUUCCGGCCAGCUGUAUGCGCUCAUCUGGACGACAACACCCUGGACCCUGCCUGCGAACAAGGCGAUCGCCGUGCACGACGACCUCGACUACGUCAUCAUAAGACACGGGGGCGAUGCUCUCAUCGUGGGACAGGGUUGUCUCCAACAGGUCCUGAAGGCCUGCUUCGAUCGCACCGAGCUGCACCAGGACGACGUGAUCGCAUCAUGCAAAGGCUCCGACCUGCGUCGCUUCAUGUACCGCCACCCACUCCAUGGGGGAUCCGCAGCGCACCAGCCCAUCAUCCACGCAGACUUCGUGUCUGCCGAGUCUGGUUCCGGCCUGGUCCACCUUGCACCCGGCCACGGCCACGACGACUACGAAGUCUGCAGGCCCCUGGGCCUGGAUGUCUCUGCGCCCGUGGACAACGCUGGCCACUUCACGGCGGAUGCAUAUCCCCUGGACCCUCAGCGGCUGCAGGGACUUUUCGUCCAGGGCAAGGGGAAUGCAGCCGUGCUGGAGCUCCUGGGCAAUCAUGUCCUGCACGUCCACAAGUACCAGCACAAAUACCCCUACGACUGGCGCACCAAGCGCCCAAUCAUCGUCAGGGCGACGGCGCAGUGGUUUGCUGACGUCGCGGGGAUCAAGGACCAGGCACUCAAGGCCCUGGAUGAUGUCCAGUUCAUACCCAGCGGUGGGAAGACCAGGCUGGAGAGCUUUGUCAAGGGGCGAAGUGAGUGGUGUAUCUCGAGGCAGCGUGCAUGGGGGGUUCCCAUCCCCGCUUUGUAUGACAUGAACGGCGACGCCAUCAUGACUGAGGAGAGCGUCCAGCACAUCAUUUCCGUCAUACGGGAGAGGGGCACCGACGCCUGGUGGUCCGACAAGCCCGAUGACCCGGCGUGGGUCGUGCCAUCGCUAAGGUCCCACGGCGAGUAUCGACGAGGAACAGACACCAUGGACGUCUGGUUCGACAGUGGCAGCAGCUGGACUCAUGAGGGGGAUGUCCAAGCAGAUGUCUAUCUCGAGGGCUCGGAUCAACACCGUGGCUGGUUCCAGUCCAGUCUGUUGACAAGGAUCGCCGCCGCCGCGGGUGAUUCCGACCGGGGCAGCCUGAUCAAGCAGACCGUUGGCCUCGCCCCAUUCAAACGUCUCAUCACGCACGGGUUCACGCUGGACAAGGAGGGGAAGAAGAUGUCCAAAUCCCUUGGCAAUAUCAUCAGCCCCAACCAAGUCAUGGACGGAAGCAUGCUGCCUCCCGUCAAGAAGCGGAAGGACAAAAACGCCCCGAAGGAGACGGCAGGCACAGCUCCUGCGGGGCCACACUACGACGCCCUCGGGCCAGACGCCCUGCGCCUCUGGGCGGCCAGCAGCGACUACACGCACGACGUGGUCAUGGGGGACUCUGUCCUGAAGCCAAUCCACAUCUCGCUGCUCAAGUACCGGACAAUCACCAAGAUGCUCCUGGGGUCGAUGACCGAGGCCGCCCGGGCGGCCCCGCUCACGACCACGGACCACAUCGCGCUCAUCCAGCUCCGCGACACGAUGGGCGAGGUCGGCCGGGCCUACGACGGCUUCGAGUUCCACAGGGGCUUCAGCCUGCUCAACAGGUGGGUCAACAACGACCUGUCGGCCUUCUACCUCGAGGCGCUCAAGGACCGGCUGUACUGCGGCGACGGCGGCGGCGUGCUGGAGCCCGUCUUCUGGGGCCUCAUGCGCAUGCUGGCGCCCAUCACGCCCGUGCUGGUCGAGGAGGCGUGGGACCACGCGCCGGCGUGGCUGAGGCGGGGCGCCGUGCACCCGCUGCGGCAGCUCUACGCGGCCCCCGUGGUUGACGAUAACAACGGGAGGCAGCAGCAGCUGCUGGUGCCGGGCGGGGAGGAGGAGCGCAGGCUGCGCGAGGCCAUGCCCGUGCUGUUCGCCGCCCACGCGGGCAUCAAGUCCGCCGCGGAGCUGGCGCGCAGGGACAAGAGGGUCGGCUCGUCGCUGCAGUGCUCGGUCGUGCUGCGGGUGCCGGACCGGGCCGUGGCCGACGUGCUCCUGCGCGUCGACGAGCUCGAGGGCGCCCUCGUGGUGUCGCACGUGGCCGUCAACGAGCCCGUCCCCGAGGACGCGGAGUGGCAGUACUCGGUGGACUUCCAGGUCCCGGGCGGCGGCGGCGGCGGCGAGAGUGUGACGUGUACCGCGUGGGUGCUGCCGCCCAAGGCGCACAAGUGCCCCCGGUGCUGGCGCUACAUUGCCCCUCGGGAAGAUGAGCUCUGCGGGCGGUGCGAGGAUGUCAUUGCGAAGGGGGAGGUUGACUGAGGGGUCUUCAAGGUCGGGGGCGAUGGGCGAUGGGCGUCCCUGGAAUCUCAAUACAGAAGAAAAAAAAUAUAGAAUAUCCGAAAGAUACCCUAUCCACUCACAGCCGUACCUGUUUG